AUGGAAGUGCACGAAGAGGCACCAAGUAAAGCAGUUGCGGAUAUUCUGCUGGGUGUUUUCUGCAUGCCCUUCACGCUGAUUGGACAGCUGUUGAGGAAUUUCGUGUUCGGGUCUUUCAUGUGCAAGCUUAUACCUUACUGCCAAGCUGUUUCAGUAUCAGUGGCGGUUUGGACCCUGGUAGCGAUAUCGCUGGAGCGUUAUUUUGCGAUCUGCAGACCUCUUAAGUCGAGGCGUUGGCAGACCCAGUUUCACGCUUACAAAAUGAUCACCGUCGUCUGGUUGUCAUCGCUGAUUUGGAACGCUCCGAUACUCUUCGCCUCAAGGUUGAAAGCUAUGAAAGAACGAGACAAGCACAAGUGCCGGGAGGAGUGGCCGACAGCCAACAGUGAAAGGAUCUAUAAUCUUUUCCUAGACACGAUCCUGCUGCUCAUACCUCUUCUCAUCAUGUCACUCGCCUAUUCGCUCAUAGUUUCAAAGCUCUGGAGGGGCUUGCAGAGAGAAAUCCAACACACCUCGUCCUGUCUCAAAAAAAUCGAUCGCAACCCCAGUUUGCCGUCAAUGGCAGAAGUCGUAAUUAACAACAACAUCAACGCGCACUCGGAAACUGUGCACACAGUCAUUUCCGCCCCCGAGGACCAGCCGACUUCACAAAGCAAAAAUUCAAUAAAACUCUGGCUCCUCAAGGUGAGGGUGGACGAUGGAGAGUCGAAGACGGGAAUCCGACGAUUAGUUGACGAGAACCACGCGCCUAAAUUCACCAGGCAUGCCAUCAGAUCCAACUACAUGGACAAAAGUAUAGAAGCGAAGAAAAAGGUCAUACGAAUGCUGUUCGUCGUCGUAGCGGAGUUUUUCAUAUGCUGGGCGCCGCUCCACAUGCUGAACACUCUGUAUUUAUUCAGCCCGGAGAUGGUCUACCGCUACGUUGGAAGCACGGGGGUGUCUCUCGUCCAGUUGCUAGCGUACAUCAGCUCCUGCUCGAACCCAAUCACCUACUGCUUUAUGAAUUAUAAAUUUCGACAGGCUUUUAUUUCCUUGUUUAAAUACCAGAGCAGCUGUACCAGGCGAGGAUCAAUCGAACCGAGGUUGGACACGGUGGUCGGCCCGAACAACUCCGACCUCAGCGGAAACGAAUCCACCCUCUACGCAGGACGAGCUUCUCGCUCCGAAGUCCUCGUUCUGGAAAAGGAGGAGCGUGUUUAGCUGAGACCCAUGGGACGAAGCGUACCUCUACCGAGUGGUGUGGCGCGAUCACAGAUCGCAAGAAGUGCAAUACGCCUGAGCAACCUAGCAGACCGUUGCAGAAGAAAGAAAAACCACGUCACCGUGAGUUACAAGGUCGGCCGUUCGUGGCACACGAUCACCAUGAGCCCUCUCGGUUAACUACCCGACCCACGUUUCGCCCCAUGGUUGAGAUACUUUACCAAGUGCCU